UAUAGGGGUAUAUUAGUGAGAAAACAAAUGUGUUUUUAGCUUGUUUUUGAAUACCCGUGAUAAGGGGCAUGAACGAUAGAUAUUGGAGACUAAUCCAGAUAAUGGAACCAGUGAAACUAAUACAUUGCUGCCCUUUCUUGGAGUUCAUUUAAGGAAUUUGUAAACGAAGGAUCUGAUCUAGAACGUAAUAAAUGAUGAGAUUGUUGGUUUGGAGAAAAUAAGCAAGAAAUAAGUUGUAGUGUAGGUUAUUUAAGGACAUGCUCACAAAGAAAACAAUUUUAUAAGUAUUUCUUUUUCGGACAAAUCAGGUGAUAUGGAAGGCACAACAUCCGGGGAUUUCACAACUGAAAGCUUCACAACGACGGUUGCCAUUACUAUGACAACAACUAAAACGCCUACUACCACAGGUUCUAGUGAAUGUGCAUUGUGGAGCGAUGAAUGUGACGUCAAUGCACGAUGUGAAGACAGCACUUUUAGCUACGAGUGUAUUUGCAAUGACGGAUAUGAAGGCAGCGGAACAAUCUGUUCUGAUAUCAACGAAUGUACAGCGGGCACCCAUGACUGUGAUGAAAACGCCCAAUGUGUGAACAACAUAGGAAAUUAUACGUGUGUAUGCCUAGCUGGAUUUACAGGCAAUGGAUUUUCCUGCGUUGAUAUCAACGAAUGUACAUCAGGCCUCCAUGGCUGUGAUGUAAAAGCCCAGUGUGUGAACAGCAUAGGAAGUUAUACGUGUGUAUGCCAAGAUGGAUAUACUGGCAAUGGAUUUUCUUGCAAUGAGCGUAUUUACAUCGAAUAUGGCUCCGGGCCUGACCGGUCACUAGGAUAUGUUCAAUACAGCUUUCUAGCGUGGUUUACUGUAAGACUAGAUACAGGGUUUCCUAUCAGCAAUGGUCAACUAUACACCUAUAUAACAUUUACAUCAACGGGCAUGAUUCAUUUCUCGAAGUACUAUCCACAUAGCUAUAACCUGUUCAAGUACAUCAAUCCGUCGUUAUAUUACUUUUAUGAUAUCUACUUCGAUCCAUCUAUUGCGGUAUUCGGUGCACCGGUCGACCUUAACCUUGGUAAUCCAAAGAUCUAUUAUGAGGUAUACGACAUCAACAGGGGGUACGGAAACUCAGCUGCUCUUCUCGCAGCGGUACAACAAAGACUCUAUGCAUCUCUGUCACUUCCGGCAGGGUUGGAGUCAUUCCAGUUUAUCAAUGGAAUCAACUUCAUCUGCAAGAUUACGUGGGAAAAUGUGCAACCUCAGGGAUCGAUGGCAGGACAGGAGACUGUAACCUACCAAGCUGUUCUCUUCACUGACGGAAGAAGAAGUGGUGUUCUGACAAUGUACCAGGGAGGCAGUUUCAACUGGAAUCCACUCUCUAAGUCAGUACCGGCUAAAAUUGGUUUCAGCACCAAGCAUAAUUGGUAUAACGUCUUUGAAGGAAACUUUCUUUCUGUACUGUAUGAAAGCUAUCGCCCUGAUCAAAGAAUUGGCAACACUGGUCUUAUGGGCAGAGAUAUCUACCGUCUUGAUGUGAACCCCGAUUGGUACAUCAACCCACGCCGAUACUGUCAAGAUUGGUACAGCGAUGAUCUGAGCAGGGUAUCCUUUGCACCGUGGGCAGAGCCAUGCCCCUGUACUCGCUGGCAGGCCCGAAUUGAUAGAAGGUUUACUCGUUGCAACUUCCCUUUUUAUGGAUAUGGCAGCGGUUACGUCUAUGGACUCCCUAAUUAUUAUUUAGACAGUAUAGGGACUACCUGUUACCAGCCUCGAAGGCCCAGAUUUUUUAUUGGAGGUGGAUACAGAUGUACCUAUGAAUUUUCUGCUUUGAUCAGGGGCUAUAGAGGCCUUUGGCGGUCCAGCCACUACCAAGCAGUCAUGCCACCGAACGCUAGAUUCUUCUCAUUCUUCUAUUUCUCCCUUAGUUACUAUUAUGCAUGGAUAGAGAGAGAUGUCUUACCACGGUUCUACUGCUGUGGACUUGCUGGUGGAGAUUUCUGUAGACUUUACGAGCGACGUCGUCCACGGGCUCACUGCUUCGGUUACAGACGACCAUGGAUGGGAUGGUUUUGGGGAGAUCCGCAUAUCAAUACUCUGGAUGGGAGGAAAUACACCUUCAACGGCCUUGGUGAAUACAUUACGAUGUCUUACAGUCACGGUGAUCCAUUCGUUUUACAAUCAAGAACUGGCAAGGCUUUUAACAACAGUGAACCCGUUGAACACGGAACGGUCUUCAUAGGGUUCGCUGCUACACAAGAUAUCACAAGGGUUGAAUUCCAGCUGAACGACAACAGGACAGAAAUGAGUAUUCUUGUUAAUGGUUCCUCGAUUAAUAUGACAGAUUUGCUAGACGAUGGAUAUGACUCGCAGGAUCCGACUUUCAUCUUAUCCUCGGAUAAUGAGACCGAAUCCGAGGGUGAGAUCAAGGUCACAGCUCUCUUUCAACCAGAAGGCUAUUCGAGUACGUCCUUUACAGUGACCUUUACGAAUGGAAUCUUGGAUAUAACCGUCAUGGUCCCGCCUGAGUAUUCUGAGAACGCAACAGGGAGGGGUCUGCUUGGUAAUGUCAAUGGAAAUACAUCGGAUGAUUUUCUUUUACGAAAUGGAACGUUGCUGACCGAUCAACCCGGGAGAAAUUUAACAGAAGAAGAAAUAUUCCAAUUUGGACAAUCAUGGAUGAUUACGGAGAACGAGUCGCUGUUUGAAUACGGUGAUAGGGACUGGAGUUACUACAAUCCGAGUAACUACACACCAAUGUUCUUAGACGCCCUACUCGCCCUUGACCCAGACAGGACCAGAGACGCCCGGGAGACUUGCGGGGAUAACGAAGCGUGCCUAUUCGACUUCCUCGCUGUCAACCCCGAAUUGGGAAUGCAGACGAUGGACACCGGGAACCAACUUGACAACGAUCUUCAAAACCUUGAAAAUUUCCCUCCAAACAUAACAAGCGUGACAGAGCUGACAGAAACAGAUGGACUUCAAGAGGAUGAUGUUCUCUUUGUGCAAGUGGGCGUGAACAUUACCUUAGAGAUUACUGCACAGGACCCUAAUGAUGAAGACGUAUAUUUCACUUUCAACGAUACAACUCCGGAUGGUACAAAUAUCAGCUCAGAUGGCAUAUUCACCUGGAUACCUACUGACCUGAACGUCUCCUCCAUUGAGAUCAUCGCCAUGGACAACCGAGGCGCGGAGACCUCUUUGUCGUACAAUGUCCUCAUCUGUCAAUGCGAGAACAAUGGCGUGUGUGACUUUGAGAGCCAGGCCGAGGGACAGGACCUCAGUGCUAAUGGCUUUGCUGUGGUCACGUGCAACUGCACUGAUGGAUGGUCAGGUGACCACUGUGACGUAGACUUCGAUGCAUGUGAGGGCAGCGGGCCCUGCUAUGACGGGGUUAUCUGCUACGAUGAGCCUCCAUCUUCGGAUGAAGAAUACAGAUGUGGGCCAUGCCCUCCCCUGCUGACGGGCGACGGAAGUAACUGCUACGAUUUCAAUGAAUGUGCUGAUAAUGACACAAAUAACUGUGAUCAGGUUUGUGAAAAUGCAUUGGGAUCCUACACAUGUUCUUGUGACACAGGCUAUAGGCUUGGCCUUGAUCAACGAUCAUGUAUUGAGAUAUUUUGUACUGAGGAACUAAUGAAUUCCACUGGAUCUGAAAACUGUACUUGCGAGCCAGGCUUUGAACUCAUAAAUGGAUCCUGUAUAGAUUUUGAUGAAUGUCUAGCUGGUGUCGACCAGUGCCCGCCUGAUAUAUCUAGUUGCAACAACAUACCAGGAGAUCAUAAUUGCACUUGCCAUUCAGGAUACGAAAACAUGUCCCCAAAAGAGUGUCAAGAUAUUGACGAAUGUGAACGUGACUUGGAUAAUUGCAACAGGACUGAAUUCAACUGUGUGAACACACUGGGUAACUUUUCAUGCGUAUGCAAGGAAGAUACAACAGAAAUCAAUGGAGUUUGUCUAGGUGCAUUGACAUUGUCGCUCAACGCUCGUUUUUCAUUUAUCAACGGGCUUGGCGUUGUUACCUACCCAGAGACAAUUGACUCCCAAGAAAAUCAGCAGAAGUUGGCACAAGAUGUCCUGCGUUACCUCAACACCUCAUCAGCACUAAGUGAAGAUGAGUUGCAGGCUGUAUCUGUGCAAAACUACAGCUUGGCAGGAAGUUCUCUUCAGAUUUCCUUCCGGGUUGACUUAAAACCCGACUCGCCACUGACCGAAUCUGGUCUGGAGAAUAUUUUCAUGGAACUUCUUCCAAGCACACGGCUUAUUGAACCGAACCAUGAAGUUACGCCUGAGGAUAUCAAUGAAUGUGAGCUAUCUACGGAUGUGUGUGGUAACGGUAACUGUACAAAUACAGACGGUAGCUAUUUUUGUACCUGUUCUGAAGGCUUCCAACUCGGAAACGGGGAUGCUUCUUGUGUAGAUAUCAAUGAGUGUCUCGGGGAUCAUAGAUGCAACCAAACUUGUAUCAACUCACCGGGGGAUUUCUCGUGUUCUUGCAAUCCUGGAUUUGAGCUUGAUGAUGAUGGUUUUGCAUGCAUUGAUACUAAUGAAUGUAAUGCAACAGACGUGUGUAGUAACGGGAACUGUACAAAUACAUAUGGAAGCUACUAUUGCACUUGUGAUGAUGGUUUCAUUGGAACUGGAAAUGAUUCUUGUACAGAAAUCGAUGAGUGCGAAUCUGAUCCUUGUCAAAAUGGAGCGACGUGUACGGAUGGGAUCAACAUGUAUAGCUGUACCUGCGCACCUGGUUUUACUGAAACUAAUUGCUCAAUGGAAAUAACCACGCCCACAGCCACCACCACGCCCACAACCACCACCACGCCCACAACUACCACCAUCACAGAGAGCCCACCACCUACAACUACCAUACAACCAAGCACAAUUAAUACAGAGGAUACUAGUCCUACUGAUUUGACUACUUCUGAUUCUACCCCUCCUCCAACAACGAUUACUUCAACUGAAAUAACUACGUCCACUGCCGCCACCACCACAGAGGGCUCACUAGAUACAACUACCAUGGAACCCAGCACAGCUACUCCGGAAACUAGUCCUACAGAUUUAACUACUGAUACUCCUGAUACUACCACUCUUCCAUCAACAAUCGCCUCACCUGAAACGUUCGUGAGCAUCAUAAGGAUUAGUAUCACAGCCAACAGACGAAGUGGUUCACUGCUUGUAUUCACAGAAGAACUUAAUGAUCGGUCUACGGCCGCUUUUAAGGCUUUGGAAGAUGUCUUUUGUGGUGCGGUUUCAACGUAUUUGAAUGUAAGCUUAAAUUCAGCUCAGCUCAUCAGUAUCACAUGUGUGGUAGUCUCUUUCCGAAGUGGUAGUGUGAUUGGUGAUCUUCAAAUGAGUCUCGCAGCACCAUCUCAGGAUUCCGCUGAUAGUCUUGCUCAAUCAGCCACUGACCUAUCACCUGCUAAUGAGACAUUCCCCUUUUUCGACGAUUCUCUUUACGUCGAAGAGUUAACCGUAGACAAUACCGAUAGUUGUGAGAACAGCAACCCCUGUAGAAAUGGAGGGACCUGCACGGAUGAAUUCAACACGUAUAGCUGCGCAUGCCCAGAGGAUUACACAGGGACAGACUGUUCAUCAUUCUCUGGCAGGACUGGCCUAUCCCCUGGUGCUAUUGUUGGAAUCAUACUUGGUGCUAUGUCGGGAGCUCUGAUCUUCGUUAUCUGCGCUUGUUUAAUAAUGGUCCAGACAGUGCGUCGUAAUGAGGCAAAUAGGAUGUUAAUGGGGAUGCAGAAGCAUAGCAACUACCACAUCUCAGACCAACGGCGUAUAUUCGAUGACCGACGGUCGGAUCGUUCUUUGGACGAUUACUCGUUUGAAGCUUCUCUUGAUCGUCGACAAUAUGAUAUCGGUAGAGCUGUUAAUCGGAUAAGACAAUAUCAAGGAAUGGAUAACCCUGGACGAGGAGGCUUGGAUAACUUUGCUACACCAUAUGUAGUUGAUGGGCAUAGCAGCGCCAGUGGAGAGAGCGUCGUUGAACGAAACCCGUUACACUACAGCUACAUGUACUACUAAGGCUUAGAUGUAUCUGCAAACAGUCCCAGUACAAUUUUGAUAUGCACCCAACCUACAUGUGAUGUGAAUGUGUCCAGGAUUGAUUCAUUGCAUACACUAAGCACUGGAAGCGGCAACCAGACCCAAACCUGGGAUAGUAAAUAAUGCGCCUCGGAAUAGACUAUAAUCCUAUAAUCUAGAAUUGAACAUUACAAAUGUCAAUUUACCUUCACUCUGACCUGUUCUCAUUAUUAUUUUAUAUGCUAUGUGAGCUAAAUAUAUCUAGCCUCAAUCAAGCAUUUCUCUCAUUAUAAUCAAAUUGAAACAAUAUUAUACGGAGGUUGGGUUUGAAGCAUUUAAAUUGUUAUUAUUAUAUAAUUAUGAUUCAUAUGACAAAUUCACCAUUUUCAUUUAUAAGGAUUUGUUUAUUCGGAACAUUUUAGAAUAUGUAUGUGUCAUACAAACAGGGAGCAAAUAUCAAAUGUAUACAUUUUUUACAUGUUUACUUAAAAAAUGCAUUUGCAUUCUAUAAAAAGAAUGAUUAAUGAAAGUCCUUAGAAUAAUAAAUGUAAAUCUCUAUACUUUUGUCAAUAGUUUGUAAUCAAUAUCAUGCGUUACACAUCGAUGGAUAUGACUUCGCCAGAGAAGCGUUUCAUAUGAAUAUGUCGUCCGACAAGUUAUCGGAUCUGAUAAUUUUCCUUGAAUCUGAUUGGCUGAGAUGCACAUUUCCUGUGAAAACUGUCGGAUAAAACAGUCGACAAGUCCUUAUGCGAAACGACUCCCAGGAGUAAAUAAAUUUCCUGAAUCAUUUAAUAUUUACCUCAAUAAAUAAGUCAAUGCAAAGGGUUCACAGAUAUGUGAUAAUAUAUCAUAGUCAUUGUAAAUACUUUUAGUUCCUGAUAUAUGAAAGUUCUAUUUACUUAUGGCUCCGAUAUCAAAUUUUAAAUGAAUAUAAUGAAAGUUUAGCUUAUCUAUUAUACACAGACCAUGUAAUAUUGGAGAAAUGAAGGCUGUCUGUGGAGCGUUGUGGCCCAGUGGCUUAGUCUCCGGACUCUGAAACAGAGGGUCGUGGGUUCGAAUCCCAACC